GGUCAGCGACAAAGCCUUAUUGAAGAAUUCAUAUGCCAACAGAUUUUGUCAAGUUUCGGGGUGAUAAUUCAGCUGAGUUAACACAAUGAUCUUCAAGUAGAUAACUGGCCAUGGGAGUCACAUUCCAAAUAGCUGAAGUGGAUUGAACCGGGCAAUCAUGCAUAUGCCACAAACUUUUAGCAGUAUUUCCAUUUACCCUCAUCUGGUCUAUAUUUUGCUAUUACUUCAGUGUAAUGACGUAGCGUUCGGUUUGGUGCCCGAUUUUCUGUUUCCUUUAGCAAACCUGACAGUACCUCAAGGUCGAGACGCCAUAUUCACCUGUGUUGUUAACAAUUUGGGAGGAUACAGGGUGAGUGGGGAUUCAGCAACCGCCAGGGUUGCUUGGAUUAAAGCUGACACCAAAGCGAUAUUGGCCAUUCAUGAGAGCGUCAUAACCAACAACGCAAGAUUGUCUGUGACACACAACGAUUUUAACACAUGGACACUCAAUAUUCGUAAUGUUAAAAGGGAGGAUAGAGGACAAUAUAUGUGCCAAGUGAACACAGAUCCUAUGAAAAUGCAGACGGCUUUUUUGGAAGUUGUGAUACCACCUGACAUUAUUUACGAAGAAACUUCCGGCGACAUGAUGGUACCCGAAGGAGGGUCCGUGAAACUUGUCUGCAAAGCUAACGGUUAUCCGUCACCGAACAUUACUUGGAAAAGAGAAGAUUCUGGUUCAAUUCUAGUUCGUGAGGGCUCUCACUCGAAUCAAAAGGCACGUUUAACUUCGGUAGAUGGAGAAGUUUUAAGCCUAAAUAAAGUUACUCGGUCCGAAAUGGGUGCCUACCUAUGCAUAGCGGCCAAUGGGGUUCCACCCUCAGUAAGCAAACGAAUGAUGCUUCACGUCCAUUUUCACCCUCUCAUCCAAGUGCCGAAUCAGUUAGUGGGAGCUCCUGUAAAUACGAAUGUUACUCUUCAGUGUCAUGUAGAGGCAUCCCCAAAGGCAAUUAAUUACUGGACUCGAGAAAGCGGAGAAAUGAUCAUAUCCAACGACAAGUACUACAUGACUGAUAUCGACAAUUCUUACUACAGUACUCAGUUACAGCUCGUCAUCAAGCGGAUUCACAAAUCGGACUUAGGCGGUUAUAAAUGCAUCUCCAAAAAUUCAAUAGGCGAUGCGGAGGGAAACAUCCGACUUUACGAAAUGGAACUACAAGAGAAAGAAGAAACCAAUGAUUAUGAUUCACCAGAUAUAAACGAGGUAAAUGAAAACUCGGAAAAGCGUCUUUAUAACGAUUUCCACGAUCCAUCCAGCAGAGAAGAAGAAAGUAAUCUGGGGCUGAACGUGACAGUAUCAAGUUCUUGUGUAAUUAGUGUUAAAAAAGUGUAUCUGGUGCUUCUCAUAGUAUGGCUUCAGAUUUAACAAAUAUGAACCUGUAGGGAUACAGUGUAUAAAAUAUUGUGAUAUGUGCCAAAUAUUCGUGCUUCGCCCUAAGUUAACGCUGGAUGUCAAUGUACGGAAAUUCGACUAAGAAGGGAAUCCUUUUAUAAUAUCUUGGCCACAUAUCAAGUAACGUUACAAUUUGAUGAUAAGGUGAAGACUGCUCAUAUAGGCUAAUCAACAUAUGCAACGCUUUCAUUCACACUUCUCAGGUUUUUGUAGUAAUGGGUAAUUAUUUUCAUUAAUUAUUUUAAUAUCAUCAUUUUCGAGGCACAGUUUUUUGAAAUUAAUUAAUUCUGUUACUACAAAAAUUUUAAAAGAAGCGCGAUAAAAUUUAAAAGGCAGCCAGAAAAUCACUUUCAGGUGUUAGCAUCAGCAAGUGUAUAUAGGGUUCGGGAAAAGGCAACGUUUUUUAGAAUCCAUUAUAAAAAUUUCUUAGAGGGCUGUUUAUUUAAAAGUCUUUUUUAUAAACCUUGUAGCUCAUGGGUGAGGUGGAUCAAAAUAAAACAUUUUUGUAAGCCGACUCUUCGACAAGUUAUUCAUACCCCGAAGGAUUUAGCACAUUUUUCAUCAUUGAAUGUAGGUUCAAUGCAUCUAUAUACGUACUCAGAUCGGGUAUACCUACGAUUAAAGUUUUGUUGCAAAAUGUUGAACUAUGAAGUAUUCAAAUUAGCCAGAUGUUUGCCUGGUGUAUACAAUUUUGUUUUUGAGGAAGGCGCUUCUUGUAAAUACAUUAAUGCUUCCUUAAAGUUGUUGCUUUAGAAAAUUGCCUGUAAAUAUGUUUUGAAAGUGCUCACGGAAUACGCUUAUGGUUGAAAUGUUUGCAGUCAUCCUCAUGCUUAUAUAAAAUACGCCGCGCUUGCGGAAGUGAAUCACAAUAAACCGAACAAUAAAUUUGUCAAAAACUCGGCUUGCUUAAAAAGUUGUUUUCUCUUUUCUUUUGAGCUGCCAAAUCAAAAAUCUACAAGUUCUCUCCUCGAGCCGUAUACAUGCCACUUCUAAUCCUAACUAUUAAAAAACAUUUCUUUUUGCGGAUUUCUAGAUUUCUGUACCAUAAAAACAUUUUAUUGUAGGAUUAGCGAAAUCGAAUAAAUCAAUUAAAUACGUGUUAAGAAUAUUCGUUGCUGCAAAUAGUUGAAUGUGCGUUGGACUUAUUUGUUAUUAAAAGAGAGUUAAACUAUGUACUUAUAUAAAUCGUAUAAGCAACCAAUAAAAUUUAAAGAGAUAUUAAACUACUUUAGCUCUCUAACUUUUGUUAUGUCUGGGGUCUUAAUUGUCUGUUAACUGUUUCUAAUAAAUUCAUUGCGACAUGUUUUACUUUAGCUGAAAAGAAAUGUUUAUAUAUACAUACGAUAUGUCUAAGCAAA